AUGUUUUCAGCAAGAUUAAAAUUACUUAGUUGUGGAAUAAGAGCAAGUAAUUACUACACUCUAAAAUGGCAUAAACAAUUAGCAAAAAAUUCACUAGUUCACAACACUUGUGAUUCCAAGUUAAGUAUUAAAAGUAUGAGCUAUGGUACUUGUUAUAAAAAUUGCAGAUUUUAUUCCACCGAGCCUGAGCGAUUGAUAGAACCGAAAAAUCCAGACGUGUUUGGAGAGAUAGGUGGCAAUCAAUAUGAGGAAGUUGAGCUGGAUGAGGACGAGCGUGAGGUUGAGGAAUUCGACAAGCAUGAAUCAAAGCUGCCAAGAAGACUUAAAUUGAGUCCUGGUCAAUAUGCAAAUUUAAUAAAAGAACACAUAACUCGCGGUGAUUUAGAUGAAGCGUUAAAGGUACUCGACCUGGUGAAAAGUAAUCGUGAUAAACCGACAACUUUCAUGUAUAAUCUUCUCAUCCGAGCGUUCGCGGUCCAGGGCAACCUAAAGAAAGCAUGGAAUUUGUAUAAUUCUAUGAAAAAGCGAGAUUUGAAACUAACCGGGGCAACUUACACAAGUAUAUUAAACGCUUGCUCUAAUUCCCGAUACAGUGCCAUGGCUUUAGAGACCUUGGAGAAACUCCGUGAAGAAUUUUUAUUGAAGAAUAUUGUGUUGAAUGAAACACAUUAUAAUGCGAUGGUAAAAGCCUAUGGUUUUCACAAUCGGAUGCUAGAAGCUUUUCAGCUGGUAGAUGAAAUGAUUGACAAGCGAAUACCUGUCGGAGAGGCUACGUUCAAUUCUUUAUUAUUCGCUUGUAAUUCUGAUAAGGAAGCAGGGUUAAAGCAUGCUUUAGUUGUUUGGCAGAUGAUGCAAAAAAGGAAGAUAAAGCCAACACUACUUACUUACAACUUGCUGCUACGUGGAAUUAGAGAGACCAACCUGGGUGAUCUCAAAAUUAAUGAUAAAUUUGUAGAAUAUCUUGAUGAUUGUCGGGUUCUUCUGAAAGAUGACGGUCCAGGUGAUUUGUUAGCUAGCCCUCCAACUGUCGCGUCCCUUGUUAUCAAUUCUAUGCAUCUACUUGAAGCACCAGAGGGCCAAGUUGGUGGCAAAAAGAAAAAAGAGUUCGGAUCAUCGGAUAGGGCGACUGCGUUAGUUAAGCCAAAAGAGGUAAACGAUAUUUGUUUGAAUGAAAUCCAUAAAAAAAACAAAUUGAUACUUUUUGGUGGGUACGAAGGAUUUAUUGAACGCAUGGAGCGUGAUAAUGUAAUACCAGAUGUGAAAGCGAUGACAAUUUUGAUGGAGAUAGUACCAAAUUCAGAGGCUAUUGAAAAAAAUCUUAUCAGUUUGGCCAAAAGGAAAAAAAUUGAACUUGAUAUUGAUUUUUUUAACAUGCUUAUAAAAAAGAGGAAUCGGCGAGGAGCUUUUGGAGAUGCUAAAGCUGUGCUAGAUGAAAUCCAACUCCGUGGUCUGACUCCAAACAUAAUUACCUGGGGAGUACUCGCUCUUGGAUGUCACACGCGUAACGAUGCUAUGGCACUUCUUGAUGGAAUGGAGUUAUCUGGUCAUGAGUUGAAUGCAGUUAUCGCUGGUACACUUAUUGCCAAUGCGACGAUGACGAAUCAUUUUGUCUAUAUUCUUGAUAUCAUGAAUAUGUUGUCGAAAAAAAGAAUAAAACCAUCUCCAGAAUUAUAUGACAUAUUAGAUAAAUUUCAACAGAAGAUAUCAAAAAUUGUUUUAAAAAAAGUAAAAUCAAAACAUUCAGAUGAUUCGCGUUAUAAAACACUAUAUUCAAAAUUCAACUUACGGUAUACAAAUUUGCAAGAACAAUUCGGGCGAGUUAAACACGACAUGAGAACAAAGAGAUGA